UAUAUUCAAUGUCGAUAGUGAAUGGAUUGCACAUUCAAAUCGUUCGAGUCACACAAGCGUCACCGAAAGGUGUCAGUUGAGUAUUGAAUACACUACCGACAACAACUCCAAGAACAAAGUACACAUUUUCAGCCGGAUUACUUGAACCGCGUGGAAUUUAACACAAAAUGCUGAGGACAAAAGGGACAACAGCACUUCUGAUGCUGCUAAUACUCGUCUUUCUGCACUCAAAUGCCGUUAUAGGCUUUUAUCCCAGAGCACAGAACGUGACCUGGAAAUCCACGAACUAUAAAACCAUUCUGACCUGGGAACCAUUACCAAGUGAUUACUCAUACACCGUAGAGUUCUCUGUGGUUGCCAAGGACAAACAGAGGAAUUCUAAUUGCGUACGGAUCUCAACAACUAUGUGUGAUCUGACCAGUUCACUGACUGAUUUAAAUGCCUGCUAUGUAGCUGAUGUCCUGUCUGAACCCCCACUGGGAGUAACCUCUGACCUCACUGAGUUUCCAUACACAAGCUCCUCACGAUUCUGCCCCGCCAAUGACACUGAUAUAGGCAGACCUGAUUUCAAGCUAGACGUGAGCGACGACAAAAAGAAGACUACGCUGUAUGUGACUGACCCACUUACCGCAUUGUUUAAAGAUGAUCAUCAGUUGAACAUUAGAGACAUUUUCUUAAAGAAGCUACAUUAUAAAGUCACAUAUCGUAAAAACAAGAGCUCUGGCAAGAAAGUGUUCAUCUCUCAGACUAAUGUAAUAGAGAUGACUAAUCUGGAUCAAGGAGAAAGCUACUGUUUUAACGUUCAGGCCUUCAUUCCAAGCCGCAGCAUCAAUAAACAGCUAGGAAAAUUGAGCCAAACUCAGUGCUCUGAUGACGACAAACAAUCCAUCUUUGAGGUGUAUUCAGUGGGCGUGAUUGCAACUGCCAUCGUCCUGAUCUUGCUGCUGAUCAUCAUAGCAGUUGUAACAAUAGUUUGCUGCAGGGGCAAGAAGAGCGCCCUCAAAACUGAAAAAGAAGGAAUUCCACUCCGGAGUAUAUAGAGCAGGGGUGUCAAACUCUGGUCUGUAGUGUUUAAUAUUUGGCACACAAAGACAAAUUGUGCAUUGACUUUGUGUCAAAACAAGAAUUACAAAUUGUCUUCACUUUUAUAAAAUAGAGCUGUUGCUAGAGAAUUUUUAUCAUUCUUUUUUUUUUAUUUGAACAGUUUUUAUACUAGUCUUUGAUUUCAAAACUACCGUAUUUUCCGGACUCUAAAUCGCUCCGGAGUAUGAGUCGCACCAGCCAUAAAAUGCGUAAUAUAGAAGAAAGACUUAUAUAAAUAUAUAAGUCGCACCAAAGUAUAAGUCACAAUUUUGGGGGAUAUUUAAAAAUCCAACACCAAGAACAAACCUGUCGUCUUGAAAGGGAAUUUAAAAUAAAAAUAGAAUAGGCAACAACAGGUUGAAGGUGCGGCAU